CCCCUGACAGCAAAGAGCCUUCUCUUCCCCCCGAAAAAUCUCUGGGUUGCAGGAGAGGAGAUGGGCCGCCAGAAGGUUCCGGGGUGUCUGCCCUGCCUUCCCCGCGGCGGGCCUCCUCACCUGUGGAUAAAGAUGCUCCAGGAACUGCUCCCUCGAGACGCCCCGCAGCCGGGGUACCGGAAGACGCUGCUCAGCCAUGGUGGAAUUCACAGGCCUGGGAAUUUGGACGAGUUCGUCCACGCGUGAUUUCCCCCCCGUAAACAGUACCCCGGAAGAAAAGGUCCGCCUAGGUGACUGACCCCAGGGGGCGGCGGCUGGCUCGAAGCACGCGGCGAGGAGCCCGAGGGCUUCGGCCUGGGCUGAGUGCUUACACGGCCGGCCGAGAUGGGAGGACUCACCCGAGGCGGCGACAACUAGGCGGCCUUGGUUCCACUUCUCCAAUCCCGGCGAGCUGGUUUCCCUCCGGCCUGCUUUCGGUACUGCACAGGCAUGCAGAGGUGAAAGGUCACAAACAUGGCGCUGGCCGCCCGUCUCCUACCUCUGCCCCUGCUUUCUCGGUCGCUGCCCGGCCGGGCCACCCGACUCCGGACUCUCGGUAGCACCGAGGUGAGGCUGACGCUGACUGAAGUUUGCUGCCUGUGCCGCCGUCGCCUGGGCUCAAACGCGGCUCCGAUCCCUCGCUGCACUCGGGCCUGGGCCAGCCCCGUGAUGCGUUCCUGGGGCCCCCGAAGACCCCUUCUCGGCCGGGCAGAACAUCCCCCGGCCCUCGCUUCCUUGCCCGCUAGUCCCAGCCGCAGCUACAGCACCGAGGAGCCGCCCCAGCAACGCCAGAGGACCAGGAUGAUCAUUCUGGGAUUUUCCAAUCCCAUCAACUGGGUCCGGACUCGAAUGUACGCCUUCCUCAUUUGGGCCUAUUUCGACAAAGAGUUCAGUAUCGCCGAGUUCUCGGAAGGGGCGAAGCAGGCUUUUGCUUAUGUAUCCAAGUUGCUGUCACAGUGUAAAUUUGAUCUAUUGGAAGAACUUGUAGCCAAAGAGGUGCUGCAGGUAUUAAAAGAAAAGGUUACUUCAUUGUCUGAUAACCAUAAGAAUGCACUUGCUGCAGACAUAGAUGACAUUGUCUACACAUCAACAGGCGAUAUCUCCAUUUACUAUGAUGAGAAAGGAAGGAAGUUUGUUAACAUCCUGAUGUGCUUUUGGUAUCUGACUAGUGCCAACAUCCCCAGUGAGUCUUUAAGUGGAGCCAAUGUGUUCCAGGUGAAGCUGGGGGAUCAGAGCAUGGAAACUAAACAGCUGCUCAGUGCAAGCUAUGAAUUUCAGAGGGAAUUCACACAAGGAGUAAAGCCUGAUUGGACGAUUGCACGGAUUGAACACUCAAAGUUAUUAGAAUAAUCUUUCUUGAAAAAAAAAUCAGGUCGUGAACUCUUAAUAAUUGCUGUGAAAAACUAAGGAAGACAAGUUUCUGGAUGAUUUGAUUUUAAUUUAAUUAAGUCUGUGGAUUACUUUUGUAUUAUUUGAAAAUACUCAGUAUAUUGACCUAAUACAAUAAAGCAUUUUCCACAGAUUGCUAGUGUUCUUUAAAGGAGAUCCAAGUAAAACAUAAAGCUACAGCACCACAUUGGUGUCAUGUUUAAUAUCAUCCUAAAUUACAUAUGUAUAUAUGUAAAACACAAAACUACAGCACCACAUUGGUGUCCUGCUGAGUGUCACUCAAAUGUUUUAUAUGUACAUGUGUCACAGUCUAGUUUUAUACAUGUGAAUUAUUGAAACUACUCUAUAUCUCUAAAUUAAUGAUCCAAGUUUCUGCAAGAUUUCUACAUGCCACUGAGCCUAGUAUGUUUAUCUGGAUAGUGAUCCAGAUAAGGACUGGAUAGAACCAUAGCCGCUUGACCUCUGUACGACAUCCAUGUUUGUUUACUGGUCACAACAGUGAAGAAAUGGAGCCAGCCUAGAUGUCCGUCAGCAAGCACCAGAAUACAUGAAGAAAGUGUGGCACAUGUACACAGCGGGAAUUUAUUUAGCUGUAAGGAAGAAUGAAAUCAUAUGAAGAAAAUGAAUGAACUGGAGAUAAAUCUGUUAAGUGAAAUGAGUCAGACGCAGACAGUGAUUGCAUGGCUUAUAUUGUGGAGUCUAGACUUCAGUUCCUGUGCGUCAGGGAAGGCCAUGAGAGGAAAACAGGCACUAAACGAGGGGCAGAGGAGAUGUUGGGGGAAGGAGGAUAAUAGAGUACUUACUACCUUUUUAGAAAAAUGAAUGUGACAGAAGGCUUUUAGAAACUAUAAACAGAUUUGUUACUAAUAGAUAUGUUUCAGAAUUGCUAAGAACCUCUGGACAAAAUGAACUUCAGAAAUUGAACCAUAUAUAUGGGCAAGUAAUUUUACCGAAGUAUCAGAGUAAUUCAGUAAGGAAAAGAAUCUUCAACAAAUGCAACAACUGAUACUUGUACAGGAUAAGAGCUUUGCAAAAUGGACAAAAGUAGAGAUUCUAGAAAGAAGCAGGAGAAAUUUUUGCUGCCUUGGAUAGGCAGAGUUCUUUGGGGGAGGGGGAGGGGCGCAGGCAGUAAUCAUAAGCAGGAAAGUUCUAAUCAAGGUGAAAUUGCUCUUUGAAAGACAGCAGUAAGAACCAAAGGGUCACAGGUUUUAAGGAAAUGUGUGUAUCUUGCAAAAGCAUAACCAGAAUGCAUAAGUAACCCUUACAGCUAAAUACUGACAUGCCCGACAGUAUGGCAGAUACUAGUCAGACAAUCUGAAGUAAAUUACUUCAUAACACUAAUAUAUAUAGCUGUACCCCAGUCAUCUGGAAUUACAUUCUGGUGACACAAACUUACCAAGACAACUUGUAACAACUGCUGCUUUAGUCUCUAUGUUGAUUGCAAUAACCGCACUGGGUGUGUCCUCUGGCUUUAUUUUUGGGUCAGUUCUGCAGAUACAAGUGGCUGCAUCUGGUGAUGGCCUUCUUAGAGGACCUUACCUGGAGCACCUGGGAAUACUCUGAUCCUUUACCAGGCAGUCAUGGUCCCACACCAAUGACCUCAUUCAAAGACCUGCCUCCAAAUACUGUUGAUUAAAUUUCACUUUCUUCAUAAACUACAAUAGGGAUCAGGUUGCCAUGCAUAAAGCUCAUGAAAGCGUUCAGACCACGUGCCAAUCAACAAAACUGAUACCAACUGUUGAAGACUUAGAGUAACUGCAGUUCGUGUAUAUUGCUCAUACAAUGGAAAAAAAUAGUGCAGGCACUUUGGAAAAGAGUUUGGCAGCUUCUUAUUAAAUAAAGACUUACCAUAGAAUCUCUGGUAAUUUGAAUGACAAAUCUCCUGUAUAGGUUCACGUACUAAACAUCCCCAGUCAAUGACAUUUGGAAAGGUUUGAACAAAGGGAGAUGCUGAACCUUGGAGGAAGGACAUCACCCAGACCAGCUCUGAGAAUUUUUAACAUCAUUCCACUUCUGGCUCGCUCUCCUUCAUGUUUUCUCAGCUUCCUGCUCUGGCUGCCUUCUGUCCUGCCCUGUCCCAACACACAUACCAUUAUGGACUCCCUCUGAAACUGUAAGUCAAAAUAAACUCUUGUAGCCAAAAGAAA